GUUGUUUAUCGAUCAGAGAUUUGAUCUUUACUAAGCAAAAUCUGAAACCAAAGGGAAAAACCCAGAGAAGAAAAAGAUGUACCCUUUGUCUUCAAUUCGACAAGCUCAGCUUUUCUCUACUUCAGCUUUGCUUCAACGCUUUAGUAGCUUCAACUGGGUCUCUCAAGCUUCCUCCAACGGCUCUGGUUUUCUCGGUUGUUUAAAGAGUUUCAGUGCUGGUGCAAAAUUUUAUGAGAAUGUUGGAAAUCCGCGGACGAAUUUGGAUCAACAGAGUGUGAACAAUAAUGUCUCUGCUAUAUAUGCGUCAAGUUUCCGGAGUUUUAGGCAUCUUUCAUAUCAGAGGCAUUUUGAGACAGGGUGGGAUCCAAAACGUCAGAGGGGUUUUGAGAUAGCGAGGGGUUCCGAGACCAUGAACUUGGUGAGGAAAGUACUAGAGGAAGAUGGAAAGAGCAUCUUUGGGGGUUCUCAAUUUCUUCGAUACAAAAAUUUUGAGCAAGAUGCCGAUUUUGUGCACAUAAAGCUUAUGCGCAACAAUACCUUUGUCACUGUGACAGAUUCAAAUGGAAAUAAGAAAUGUGGAGCCUCAUCUGGACAGUUGUCUGAGCUAAAAGGGGGUGCAAAAGUGUCUCGGUAUGCUGCUGAAGCAACAGCAGAACAUGUGGGGCGGCUGGCAAGAAAUAUGGGGAUUAAAUCAGUUGUGGUAAGAGUGAAAGGUUUUACUCAUUUUAAGAAGAAAAGGCAAGCAAUCCUCAGCUUUCGUGAGGGCUUUAGUGAUUCUCGGUCAGAUAAUCCUGUUGUACACAUUGAGGACACCACUAGACGUCCACAUAAUGGAUGCCGGCUUCCUAAGAAAAGACGAGUUUAACUGCCUUGCUUUGACUAGGGGACUGUGCCUUUUUAUCUAGGGCUUGCUAGAAGAGGUGGAAAUUUUUUUUUGCAAGAGGUGAUAGUGUGUUGGUUGAUGUGGGGAUGAUACUCCUUUUUAUCAGUUCCCUUGAAUCUUUCUUGGUUAGUUUAUUAUCAGUUCCUUUCAAUUCUCUCUAACUUUUGCUCUAUUUGUGUCUGAUACACUGCUUGUUUGUCAUCAGAUUUGAGGAAGUAGUUAAUGAGAUUUGUAUCUCACUCUUAUCUUACAGAAAGGUUAAAUCUUCUUUGUAUGUAGAAGAGUUAAUGUUCUUUAUAUGUCUUGUUUCUGAUCUUAUUUUGCUGAA